GCAGAUGGGGAUGCUGGGGGACUGGGCCAUAACUCAGACCAGGCCACUUUAGGCCGAGCUGCCCACGUGACUGCAGCGACUGGCCCAGGCCACCCAGGGUGGGAGGCAGGCAGAGACCGCACGGCGUCCAGUGCUGCUGGGAGCCGGGGAAGGGUGCAGCUGAGCACACCUGACGAGGUGCAUCAGUCAAGCCUGAUGCAGUGAGUAAACAUCAGAACAGCUCGGGCUCACUCCCAAGCCCUUGAACAAAUAUUAAUUGGGAGGGGAAAGAAAUGUAUAAAUAAAUGACUGAACGAGUGGGAAAAAUCCCUGGCAAUCACCUAUUCCAAGUGUCCUCAUUUUAUAGGUGAAGAAACUGAGGCCGAGAGAGGCAGAGAUGCCCUCACCAAGGUCACGCUGGUGCAGUGGCAGAGCUGGGACUUGAACCUCUGUCUCAUGGUUCUGGUUCACUGAAGCCUCCAGUACUUUGUGCUCAUUUGUCACCAGCAUUUCCAGCAUGACAGUGACACCUCUGGUUCUCGCCUGCCCGGCAUCCAUCCCCCAACCUCUGCCACCAGCACCUCACUUUUCCUCCUAGAAGCCACUGCACCCCCACUUUUACUCCAUGUAGUUCCAUGGGGGUGAAUGAACCUCCUGACACCCCUGCCCGGCCCCCAGUCCCCAGCCCUCAACACCAAUCCUAGGUGCGGGACCUAAGUCUGGCCAUCAGAACAUCCCAUUAUCCUGGCCACCGUGAUUGGCUCCCAGGUGGGCAUGUGACCCAAGUUUGUCCAAUGAGAGUUCACCACAAUAUUUGCUGCAACUAUGUGCAAAGGAGCUUUUUUUUUAUUUUCCCUCUGGGGUUGCUAAGCCUCAGGUCAGCCUGGAGCCAGGAGAAGCCAACACUGUGAGGGAGAAUGUGCCCUAGAGUGAAGCCUCUCCAGCAGAAAACAGCUGAGAGAUGGAGAGUGAGGGAGGUCCCAAGCUGCUUGCUGGCAAGGCCUAAGGCUGCCCCACAGCAUUUUCAGCGUGUAGCCUAAUGCAUUUCCCCUUUCUCCCCGAGCCAGCUGGAGAUGCCUCUGCAUCGCGUAUGGCAGAAAACAAGACCAGCACCCUCUCUGCAAGUCUUAUGCCAGAUGCUGGGGUAGAGACACUCAGAUGCAGUGCCCAUAACUUUCAGGGCCUGCAGGGGGAGGUUCUCGGGACCCAGAGAAAUACAUAAAUCUGUUCGCAGGACCGAAUGACCAAGGCAGAAAGGCAGAGAGCACAGUGGCCUUCCGCCCUGAGGUUUAGGUGGGGAUCGGCAAUCCGUUCGUGCCUUCUCCACCCAGAAACACCACACCCUCGCCACACUUGGAUUUGGGGCUGGCUUUUCCCUCUUUGCCCAGCCCGCCAGACAGCCCAGAGUGAAAGGCUGCUGACUAAAGGAAGUGGCAAGAAAGAAACACACACACACACACACACACACCCAGCUUAUCACACACCUGGGCUUUGUGCACCGACCUGCGUGUUUCCCUCAGAGGCAAGGAGACUUCUUAGGAGGUCACAGGCUUAGUCUGACACCGGAGCUCAAGCAGCAGAGGCCACGGUAGAGGGGCUUGACGGUAGAAGCGCGGUCACUGACUCGCCACGAUGGUGGGCAGCGUGUGGGUCACUCUGGGACUCUCCCUGACCUGCACCUCUGCCCUCAGCCUCCUCUCCCCUGCCUGGUUCCAGACGCCCACCUUCUCCUUUGGCGUCCUCUCCUACUGCUCCUGGCCUUGGGGUGACCACUGGAAUCAGAGCUGUGGGGUCUUCAGGUCCCUGGAUGACAUCCCGGACUUGUCCUGGAAGGUUUCAGCUGGGCUUCUCCUUGGAGGUUGGCUCCUGGUGGCCGUCCAUGCAAUUCUCCUCCUGUCCUGGGUGCUGGCCCCCAAAGAGCUGUGGCCAAGGAGGAGCAGUGGCAAAAUGCAGGGGGUGCAGGCCGCUGCAGCCAUCACCACCGUUAUGGGCCUGCUGGCCUUCCCUCUCGGCCUGGCCUCCCCAUUUGCCAAGGAGGCCUGCGGAGCCUCCUCUGUGUACCGCAGUGGACAGUGCCAGCUGGGCUGGGGCUACGUGACUGCCAUCCUCAACGCAGUCCUGGUCAGCAUCCUGCCCGUCAUCAGGUGGCCCCGCACGACCAAAGUACAGGGGAGGACCGUCCACUUCUCCAGCGACACUGAGAAAAUCAUCCUUAUGCCGGAAGUGAGCAAAUAAAAUGUUCUCAGGAGCAAAAA